AUGUUGAUAGGUAUAUCAGGAUCCCUAUACUCGGGGAAGGAUAUUGUCGUGAACUACUUGACCGAAAAAGGAUUUAAGUUGUUAUCUGUUGGAGGAGUCACCGAGAAAAAAGCGUAUCGGGAACAGUAUGGGGAGUCAUCGAAACAUUUUAAUGAUUUUGACAGUUUUUACAACUAUAUAACAGAGAAUUGGUUAGCUAAUUUCAUUAUAGCAGAUAUAGCAGAUGACGAAGAGUUGAGCUUAUUACUUAAAAGGCCAUUCUUCUUACAUAUAAGUGUUGACUCGACGAUUCUGUUUAAGCAUAGACAGUAUAUGAGCCAGAGGACCAAGGGAAGUAUUGAAGCUUUUAUCGAAGAGAUUGAUUCGAUUAGUUUAGACGACAAGAUGUCACCGAUGAAGAUCAACAAUCAAGGGCAUUUCAAGAUAUUUUUCACGUCUCAUGAUAAACAAGAAAUCCGGGAAAAGUUGGAAGAGAGUAAAUUAUGGGAUCAAACCAGGUUAAGACCAGGAUGGGAUUUAUAUUUUAUGAGAUUAGCCGAUUUAGCAGCAUUGAGAUCGAAUUGCAUGAAACGAAGGGUGGGGUGUGUGAUUGUUAAAGAGAACCGAGUGGUGGCCACUGGAUAUAAUGGAACCCCUAGACAUUUAACCAAUUGUAAUGAAGGAGGAUGUUCUAGAUGUAAUGAGGGAAAUCCUCAAGGAAGCUCGUUAUCGACAUGCUUAUGUUUACACGGCGAAGAAAAUGCAUUAUUGGAAGCCGGAAGAGAUAGAAUUGGAUCAAAUUCGAUCUUAUACUGUAAUACGUGUCCGUGUCUUACGUGUUCGGUUAAGAUAGUUCAAACUGGGAUUAAAGAAGUUGUAUUUUCGCAAACGUAUUCUAUGGACGAUGCCAGUGCCUUAGUAUUAAAAGAAGGAAAUGUUUUAUUGAGACAAUAUAAAGCACCAAUUGAAGAGUUAUUUAUAUAAUAUAGAUGUUAGUGUAUAUAAUUAUAAGGACCGGGUUUU